AUGCACCCGCCCAUCCGGGUCUCUCGCAGAAGAAAACACGCCCGCGUUCUGCAAGAACGAGACCCCUCGCUCAUUAAUCUCCCCGUCCCCCUCCCCUCCAUCCCCAUUCUCACCCCCCUGCUGUCCCCACUGAUCGAAGGAGAAUCAGAGCCUGAGCCUGAGCCUGAACCUUCCCCGUCUCCUUCCGAACAGCCCUCGUCGACCCAGCCAUCGCCAACACAAGGCGAGAAAAGUCCAGCAUCAAGUCCCGUUCAGGAAUCGGACACUCCGACAUAUGACCCUCACCCAGCCACUACUGCCGCUCAAUCGCCGCCCACGCCUGCUCCUUCAGCCUCCAGCGUGGGCCAAUCUGGCUCGGAAAGUUCCUCCACCCCUAACGGAUCUAACAACGGAGCGUCCAGCGGGAACGUUGCCCACGCUGGAUCUGGCAGCAGCACAGGCUCAGCCGAUGCGAACAGUGGCUCUGGUAGCAGCGACAGCGACAGCAGCAGCAAUGGGUCCAGUCCCGGAAAUGAAGGUGCGAACCAGCCCUCUAGCGGUGGCGCAAGCUCGUCCGACCCGUCCAACUCUGUCGAUACGUCUUCAUCUCCGGCCAACGUUCUCGGCAAUGUUGCGUCAACAUCCUCAACUCCUGCGGCCCAGGCCACCACGGCAGGAUCCCCGUCCAUGUCUGAGCCUGACGUCCCCAGCGAUGGUGCAGCAGACAACACCUCUACUUCAGCCUGGGACGCUCUGUCUGAACCCGUAGCAAAUGUAUUUGGCGGGGUUGUCGUGCCCUCCGCAGGAACUUCUGGAGGGGCUGGCACCGUGGCCAACACCAAUGCUGGGUCUUCAGCCGACGUCGCAUCUCCCACUGGUGCUGCAUAUUCUCCUUUCGAAAGCGCUGGCUCGCCUUCAGCUUCUUCUGGCACAAAUGGCGGCUCUGGCAGUAACAGUCCUUCAUCUUCUUCGGGCUCGAGCGGUGCGUCCUCAAGCCUCGGUUCUCACGGCGGUCUCUCGAAAGGCGCCGUUGCAGCCAUCGCCACGAUCCUCACCAUCCUUGUGUUGCUGCUUGCAGUCCUCUUCAUCCGCCGACGUGCUCUCUCUCGACGUCUGGAGAGACGACGCACGUGGUUCUUUGGCGGCAAGAAGCAUGUAUAUGGGAAUGGUGGCAUUAGUAGCUCGCGUUACUUCAAAGACAAUCCCGAUGUAAAGUCGGGGACCGUGUCUCAACGCAGCAGCUUUGGCAAUGACACUGACCAGUGGGAGACGGUCGAAUGGUCCGCGUCUAGCGCAAGUGAUCGAUGGAGCAGGUCUGGCCAAGUAACCUGA